AUGAGACAAAAAAAAAACUCUAUAAUAGCAUCGAAACAGUCAAGCAAAUUUGGGAACACUUACAACCCAGCCUUUCCGCCCACAACGCCAAUUGUCUGCCUAGUCGAAGACGUUCACCAGCGUCGUAAGUUUCUCCAUUCUCUACGAGGAACGAAGCCGCUAAAUCUGACAGCACUGCCGCAUUCAGUUCGGAGUCAAUCUGUCCCUUUCUGCCCAUCUUACGCAGAACAGAACCAGCUAUGUGAUUCAGAGCUGCCAAUCUGCCAUGCAAGCGCUGUCCUCCAUCAGUCAUCAACACCAAACGAGCCGUGUUUGCGACAUUCUCCCGCAUGCUCGCUACCUCGGCCCUUAAGAGGGAACGCUUCGAACGGUGUAUCGGGAGAACUCAUCAUUCAACCACACCUCCGCAAUGUCUGUAGCAGUUUAGAUUCUAGACGAUGAGUUGCAUCAACGAGGUUCCACGAAACUCCGGGCGAUGGUUCGGCAGCUUCCACUUUCCCAUACAUGGAUAACUGUUUGAGUCUGGUGAAUGUUUCCGCGUCCAUUCCUGUAGGUACUUGACCUUCCGAUUUCUCAGCUUCAGUCCACAGCGAAAAUUCAGCAGGGCAACUCAAGGAAUCCAAGAAAACCGGAUGACGUAAACGAGAUAGAACGUCAACGCGAAUAUCUCUCAGCAUUCCUCGGAAUGUCUCUGGCAGACUUUCGUCUUCGAUACACUUUCGAAGCAGAACCAAAGAUCGUUCAUAUCUUGCUGCAGCGAUCUCGGCGAUUGCAGCUAAGAAUGGCAUCUCAGUGUGAUAAACGCGACUAGUCCAAGCUGACAACCCGUGAACAGCCUGUUCCAUUCCAAGCUCAGCCAUAGCUCGUGCCAUCCAGCACAAAAUUGCCAUGGACUGGCUGGAGACCGAGGAGGGUGUUUCACCUGCUUUCAUUUGUUUCUUUUCAAGAUCCGCUAGUGCAGAUGUGCCGAAGCGUAUCACUUGGGCGUAAUACCCAUUAUGAUAAGCGACGAUCAUUGCAAAUGGAUAGGUCCGUGACAGCCACUCUUGGCAGCUGACUGAAUUGGUUGUAAAAAAUUGUCGCGAUAGAACGGAAACGUUACAUAUCGGGAACAUGGUUCCGCUGUUCACAUAAUACAUGAGUUUCUCGAAGAUCUCAACGAACUCAAGAAGGCACCGUACCCGCCACCAUUCUUCUGCCGGUGUAAUUGACCUCGGAUCAUUAACAUCCACAACUUCUUCAUCGUCUUUGGCUCCCUUAUCUCUUGCGGCAACUCUGCUAUGAUUCGGAGCUUUGCUGCUGGUACUUGGGGUUGGUGUUCCCGAGAUGGCUUCUUUUGCCAGUCGAAGAAGUUCCCCUCCAAGUUUGUUGAAAGUGUCCAUUGGUUUUCCUAGGGGGGUUUUCAUGCGAUUUUCAAUGCAGUAGUUGGCAACAUGUGCCAGUCCGCGACGCCAUUUCUCCAUAAUGUCCAAAUUCCUCUCGACCUCGCUCUUGUUCGCGCUAUCCUCCCGCAUUCGUCCUGCGUACAGUGUCUCAAUGGUGUCCAUGAGCCACUCGUCAUCGUUGUGUUGA